UGCCGCAGUGCCCUGUGCCGGGCCGCCUGCGCCCGCGAUGGGAAAUUGUUGUCAGAUGAUGUGACUCACUAUGUUGUCCCUGACUGGAAGGUUGUUCAAGAUUACCUUGAGAUUCUUGAAUUUCCAGAAUUGAAGGGUAUUAUUUUCAUGCAAACAGCAUGUCAAGCCGUGCAGCAUCAGAGAGGUCGCAGACAGUACAACAAACUGCGAAAUCUAAUGAAGGAUGCCCGUCAUGACUGUAUUCUGUUUGCUAAUGAAUUCCAGCAGCAUUGCUAUCUGCCAAGAGAGAGGGGAGAAUCUAUGGAGAAAUGGCAGACAAGGAGUAUUUACAAUGCAGCAGUCUGGUAUUAUAAUCAUUGUUUGGGUCGGAUGCCAGUUGUUAUGGUAACAGAAGAUGAAGAUGCUAUCAGACAAUAUGGAAAUGAAACAGAAGGAGUGUUUGUGAUUUCAUUCAAGAAUUACUUGGAUAACUUUUGGGUGGACUUAAAGGCUGCCCAUGAACUCUUUGAUUCCAUACUUCAAUCUCGACGUGAACGGGAGAGUGAAAGCCAAGAAAAUAAUGGGAAGGAGUAUCCUGAACAUCUUCCUAUGGAAGUAUUGGAGGCUGGGAUCAAAUCUGGAAGAUACAUACAGGGUAUCCUGAAUGUCAAUAAGCAUAGAGCACAAAUGGAAGCUUUUGUUCGACUUCAGGGAGCCAGCAGGAAAAAAAAAGAUCUCCAGAGUGAUAUACUUAUUUAUGGUACCAAAGCUCGGAACCGAGCAAUCCAUGGUGAUGUGGUAGCUGUGGAGUUAUUGCCCCUGCAUGAAUGGAAAGGAAGAACCGUUGCUCUUUGUGAGAAUGAGGCUGAUGAAAAAGCAUCAGGUGAUACCUCCAGUGAACCUAUGCCUACAGGUAGAGUUGUUGGAAUCAUUCAGAAGAACUGGAGGGAUUAUGUGGUCACUUUUCCAUCCAAAGAAGAGAGCCAGACCCAAGGCAAAAAUGUUCAGAAAAUUCUUGUUACGCCAUGGGACUACAGAAUUCCCAAGAUCAGGAUCAGUACACAGCAAGCUGAAGCACUGCAGGAUUGUAGGGUUAUUGUGCGCAUUGAUGUCUGGGAGUCAACUUCUGUAUAUCCAAAUGGACAUUUUGUACGAGUUCUAGGACGAAUAGGCGAUCUCGAAGGGGAAACAGCAGCUAUUCUGGUGGAGAACGGCAUUUCUGUUGCUCCUUUCUCUGAAGUACAGAUGUCGGAGAUGCCAGUCAGCACCUUGGAAAAUCCAUGGAGGGUGAAUCCAGAGGAGGAACUGAAACGCGUUGACUUGAGGGAUACACAUUUAGUAUUUAGCAUUGACCCAAAAGGCUGUGAAGAUGUGGAUGAUACACUCUCCGUUAGAACAUUAGCCAAUGGGAACCUAGAGCUAGGAGUCCAUAUUGCAGAUGUAACCCAUUUUGUGCCAGUAAAUUCUUACACUGAUCUUGAGGCUAGAGCAAGGGCGACAACUUAUUACUUAGCCGAUCGUCGUUAUGACAUGCUCCCCUCUGUCCUGAGUGCUGACAUAUGCUCUCUUCUUAGUGGAGUUGAUAGGUAUGCUGUAAGUGUCAUGUGGGAACUGGAUAAAACUUCUUAUGAAAUACAGAGGGUCUGGUACAACAGAACCAUUAUUCGAUCUGCGUACAAACUGCACUAUGAGGCAGCCCAAGGAUUAUUAGAUGGAGACCUGAGUGGUGUUGAUGAGAUCCUAGAACUCAAAGAACUGGAUGAGAGAAAUAGACAGCAGAAGCUGAAUGAACUGGUGUGGGCAAUAGGGAAGCUGACUGAUAUAGCUCGACAUGUUCGGGCUAAACGUGACAGCUGUGGUGCGCUGGAAUUGGAAGGAGUGGAAAUCAGAGUGCUGCUGGAUGAUAAGAAGAACAUUCAUGACCUCAUCCCUAAGCAGCCACUGGAGGUGCAUGAGACUGUUGCUGAAUGUAUGAUUCUUGCCAACCACUGGGUGGCAAAGAAGAUUUGGGAGAAAUUUCCGCAACAAGCCUUGUUACGUCAGCACCCUCCUCCACGACAAGAGUUUUUUUCUGAACUUCGAGAAUGUGCCAGUGCUAAAGGCUUUGUCAUAGACACAUGGUCUAAUAAAGCCCUGGCUGAUUCUCUGGAUAGAGCAAAUGAUCCCUUAGAUCCAAUUGUGAACAAACUGCUGCGAUCGAUGGCUACUCAGGCUAUGUCCAAUGCACUGUACUUUUCCACUGGCUCUUGUUCUGAAGAAGAAUUUCAUCACUAUGGACUUGCCCUUGAUAAAUACACCCAUUUUACUUCUCCAAUUAGAAGAUAUGCUGAUAUUGCUGUCCACAGACUGUUAGUAGCAGCCACUUUAAAGGACACAAAAGAAAAUAUUAAGGACAGUUUGUUCAGCAACAAAGAUCUUGACGAGUUGUGCAGCUAUAUUAAUAACAGAAACAGGGCUGCACAACGUGCCCAGAAGCAAUCUACUGAGCUUUUCCAGUGUAUGUAUUUCAAAGACAAAGUUGCUGAAGCUGAUGAGCGCUGUGUAGCAGAUGGUGUUAUUUACUCAAUUCGAACAAAUGGUGUGCUUGUUUUUGUACCAAGGUAUGGAAUUAAAGCUCCUGCAUAUCUGAAAAACAAGGAGGGUUUAGUCAUCUCUUGUCAGUCUGAUGGGAGUUGUGAAUGGAAGCCUGGUUUUCUCCAGCACUUCCAAAACCGAAUUACCUCCACUACAACUGCUGGAGAAUCUGUUACACUGAGUCUGUUCGAACACAUCACAGUAAAAAUACUUGGGCAAUCUUCCCGAUGCCAUGCUGACACCCUCAAGCUCGAGAUAGUUAGCAACACACCGUACGAGAUAACGGAUGCUGACGUUUCUCAGAAUUCCCACGUAAUGAAAAGUGACUUGGUGAAAGAAGUAACCAAGUCUGCAGAAGCUCAGCUUGCCCAAGAAAGAGCCAGGGCUGAAAUAAUUCAGGAAGAAUAUCAGGAAUAUUGCCAAACAAAGGGAACUAGCCUGUAUCAACUACUGGAGGAAAUCAGAGACCUGGAUCUGUUAGAUGUAUCAGCUGGUAACAGAGUAUGAAGUGUAACAUGGUCUUGUUGCAUGCUGCUGUAUUCCACUUAGGCAGCUCCACUCGAUUUUAAAUCCUGUUUUUAAAAAAAAUGGAGGCACUGAUCUUUAAAACUGAUGUUUUAGGAAAUUGAGAAACUUUUGGUAUUUAUUUUAGAUAAAAGGUAAUAUUUCUACCUAAUGAAAACAAACUUGAAUUUGUGUGUUUUAGAUGCACAAUGAACUGUCGCAUUCAAGACUUAAAUGACCUAGUCAGAGAUUCUUCUUACUGAAAAACUCCUGAUUCUGAUUUAAGAGCUACUUGGAAUUUAUUUUUCUAACUAGAUUUUUAAAAGGAAUCUAAGUCAAUUUUGUAUUUGUUUAUAAAUAAUGAUAUCCAGUGAUGAACGUAUUAGUACAGAUGAUACUUGUCCAUGUAAGGUUUCUGCAGAUUGCGCAGUGGCUUUUAAUUGUUUUACCUAGGUCAGUUAUCCAAUAAAACACUGUAACUGAUAAACAUA